AUGGAGUCUCAUUGUUCAAGAUUCUUGCUAUUCUUUCUAUUCAAUUCUCUAAUCAAGUCCUUCACCAUCACCUCCGGUGAUCCAGUAGCCUUCAUAAAAUGUUAUUGUUCAGAAGCUGGUAACUAUACCAUUGGUAGUCCUUUCAAGGAAAACCUCAAUCUUGCGCUCUCCUACCUGCCAUCAAACACCAGUUUAAAUAAUGGCUUUUACAAUGUCUCAGUUGGCCAAACUUCUGAUAUAGUUUAUGCAAUCUCCUAUUGCAGAGGAGAUGUGUUAUCGGAUAGCUGCACGAGAUGUGUUCAUGAUUCUGUUCAAGAGAUCUUCCAUUGUUGUCCCAACCAGAUGGAGGCUUUGGGAAUUUAUGAUUACUGCAUGUUAAGAUACUCAAAUCGCUACAUAUUUGGUGUCCUAGAGACUCAACCACGUUUUAAUUGGAGCUCUGAAGUAAUUGUCAACAGCACAAAUCAGUUUGAACAGGAACUGGAAAGCUUGCUGAAUCGUUUGGUUGCAGAAGCAGCAUGGCAAUCUCAAGGAAAGAAGUUUGCUGUCGGACAAUUAGAUAUGACAUAUGCUCUUGUGCAGUGCAGUGAGGAUUUAUCAUCACUAAAUUGCAGCGUAUGCUUGGACUCGGCAACUAAUGAUAUCUUAAAUUUGUAUGGAUGGGAGACAGGAGCACAAAUUCACAUGCCCAGCUGCAAUAUAAGGUUUGAGGUUUAUAAAUUCUACAAUUCUACCCCAGGUGGACCAGCCAUCCCACCUCCCAGCAGUGCACCCCCGCCGCCUCCAACAAAUUUUAAUAACUCAACUGGAAAGGGGGGAAGCAAGAUUUUGGUUAAGGUAGCUAUUGGUGUUUGUGCUUGUGCUGGUGCUGGAGGUCUACUAGCAGUACUACUUAUUCUUGUUCGGUCACGUAUCCGAUCUUGCAUCAAUAACAUGAUGACAGCAUUAACAGACAGUAGUAUCGAUCUAGUAGCCCGACCAAUCGAAUAUCGAAACAUUAGUUCUCCAUUCACAAAUAUUGAAAGUCCUGAAGCUAAUGGGAUCCCUCUUGAUUUAGGACUCCGAUCAUAUCAAAAUGGCCCGGCAAAUCCAUCCUCUGAAGCUAAUGGGUCAGGUCGUGGUUCAGAAGCCCAGUUAUAUGACAAUGCCAUUAUUGGUGCCGAGGCAAAUCCACCUUCUGAGCCUGACAGAGCCGGCCCUGGGCCAGGGCUACCAGGGCCACAGCCCAGGGCCCACAAUGAGGCUACAGUUCCAGAUGGACAAGAAAUUGCAGUGAAGCGGCUGAAGCCAAGUUCCUGCAAUGAUGAUGAAUUAAAAAAUGAGGGAACAGAAAAAAUCCUUGUCUUUGAAUUUGUGAAAAAUGGAAGUUUAGAUAAGUUCAUAUUCGGUAAGUUCUCGUUGCCUCUAUUCGUGAAUGAGAGAGAGGACAUCGACAGUGAGAGAAACUUCACGGUUUCUUUCAUACUGGAAAUUGUUGGAGGACUUCUUUAUUUGCACAGGGAUUUCGGAACUCGCAUAAUCCACCGCGACAUAAAACCAGCCAACAUACUUUUAAGUGAAAGUAUGGAGCCUAAAAUUGCAGACUUUGGGAUGGCUAAAUUGUUCAGAGACGACCAAACUCAUUGUGAAUCAAGCAAAAUUAAAGGAACAUUUGGAUAUUUGGCUCCUGAAUAUGCCAAUUGCCGGCGUUUCUCAGCACGGUCAGAUGUAUAUAGUUUCGAUGUGCUGGUACUGGAAAUUGUGAGCGGUCGAAGGAACAAUUCUGUUGAUCGCGGGGUUCACUUGCUUAGCUGCGCAUGGAUAAGUUUGAUGAGGAAUGACAGAGUUUCAGAUCUCUACGAUCCAUCAAUAUUGGGAAGUAACCCAUCCGGAGCUAUUGAUCAAAUAAAGAGAUGCAUCCACAUUGGGUUGUUGUGUGUUCAAGCAAAUGAAGCUCUCAGACCAGAAAUGGAGGAAAUCGAUACAUGGCUCAAGGACUCCUCUAUCCAACUACCACCACCUUUGAAGCCACCUUUUUUUGUGCCAAGUGAUUCUGAGAUGCAAAUGUCUGUGCCAAUUGUUGGUUCAUCCACAUCGUCGUCAACAUCGGGCUAUCAAUCACUACCCAGCCAUACCUCUGGUAGUAGCUAG